GUUGCCCAGAGCUCAUGCUCUUAACCAACUGAGCCACUCCGCCGGCCCUCUGAGGAAGCAUUUUAAAGUAAAUUCCAGCUGCCAUUGCUGCUUGCCACACGUCUUCAGGGAUAGUGUAUAUUUGGAAAUGUGGACACUGGCGCACCCAGCAAAGUUGAUAACUGAAGCCAAUGGCUUCACUGGUCCCAGGGCCCUAUGGGCACCAAUAUCCCAAGAGCACUCCAGUCACAUCUUUUUAUUUCAAAUUAACUAAUUCAGUCAUGCAGAAAAAUACUGAUUCAUGCAACAAAUGCACACUUCCUAAGUGCCAGCACUGUUCAUAAAUGAAGUCUCCUCAUAGGCAAAGUGGACUUGGUCCAUGCCCUCUGGAGCUGACAUGGGGAGGGCACUUGGAGAACAUGAUAAACAAAUACAGAAAUGAAGGAGUAAAGGCCUUACUGAAAAACAAAGGCAGCUGAGUAUGGUGAAUAUAUAAUAAAGCAUAAUUCAACAAACACCCAGGAAUCCAUCCCACACCCUGUUUGAUCAAAUCUGAACUUUAUAGCACUUGCUUUGGAUCUUUUUAGGCCUAAGUGACCAAUGGGUUUGAAGACCCUAUGGGCUUAUCCUAGAUCAUUUUGCCUUCACCCUGCUGAAGUUAUUAUCCUCUCCUGAAUUUGGUGUUCAUUCUCAUGUGAUGUAACAUUUUUACUACUUGUAUGUAUUAUUUUCACAAGACAUUUCAUUUUGCAUGUUUUUAAAAGUUACACAAAUGGUGCACCAUAAAAAUCCUACAUCGUGUGUGUUGCUUUUAUUUUGGUUCUAUGUGCUUAUGUUUGUGUGCAUGCUUAACAAUAAGCCUUUGAGAGUUUUCUCAGUAGAUAAUCCUCCAACCUUCAAAUCUAAUGCUGCAGAAAGAUGUAUUUUAUUUAACUUGUGGCUUUGCCACAAAAUACUAAUGUAGUUACUGUGUAUUAAACUCUUGGUAUGUUCCAGAUGUUUUAUCCCUGAAACCCUUACAAUAGCCUGAUUGUUUUUAGAUCCUAUCACCUUGGUAGUAGAUGAAGAUGGGUUUUGAGAGUGAGUGGCAAUUUUAUAAUCAUCGUUGCAGGUAAGAGAUAGAGCCCAGGUUCAAAUUCAUGUUUUCCAGAAUGUAGGUGUCAAGAUGUGUGCCCUAGUGUGUGUGACCCAGGACAGAGCCCCUCACAGAAGGGCUGAGCAAUGUGAACCGAUUCCCACUGCCCCCUCCACAUGGACACUGUGACAGGUGUCCCAGAGAGAGCUCCCUCCACCUCCUUCCCAGUCUAUUAUGCAAAUAUUUUCUCCUUGUCUGUGGCUCCUAGCGUGUCAACAAUAACGUUGUUACUAUUAAGGUAUUGUACUAUUAAGGGAUAUUGGUCCAACUCUGUAAGGGCCAGACCUCACCAUGCUGUCAAGGAGCUUCUAGUUCUGGAGCGCACAGGUAACUCAUUCAAGGAGGUAACAAUCAACUUUUUCACUGGAGGCAAUAAAUCGUAAUCAGGGACUAGCAAGGGUCAGAAUCUUUUAUUGGAAAGAUUUCUUUGGGCACAGCAGAUGAACUGAAACUUGAUGACUAAGCUCAGGGUCCACUGAAUUCCCGAUACCUACGUUGGGCCGGGGAAACGCACACAGCCUCCCACGCGUGCACAAAAACCAACCCCACCCCACCCUCCCCGGUCGGGGCCCGCUGCGCACGCAGCCCCAGAACAACCCAACCGCCAAAUAACGGCCGGCGCGCUUUGCUGCGCGCGCACAUCCCCCAAAGGAGGCGGGGCCAGGAAGCGCGCUGCAUCACGUGCGUGUGGCGGCGCGUGCGCAGGGUGCAGACGAGAAGGCGGGAAAAGGCGGGAUGGAGCGACAGGGAGUCGACAUACCGCACAUAGAGUGCAAGGACCAGGACCCACAGCCGUUGGGGGAGAGCAAGGAGCAGCCGCAGGGCGAGGAGAGCUGCGAAGACGAAGCCGGUCGGGGGCCAGCGAGAAGUCAGGCUUCUAGCCCCUCUAUCGCCACCUCCAGUGCCAACUGCCAGCUGAUGAUGCUGGAAGGGCAGUCAGGACCCUGCUUUUCCUCUCUGGACUCGAGCAUUGAGAUCCUGAAGAAGAGGGCCCAGGAGCUGAUUGAAAACAUCAACGAGAGCAGGCAGAAGGACCAUGCACUCAUGACCAACUUCAGGGACAGCCUCAAGAUCAAGGUUUCGGACCUGACAGAGAAGCUAGAGGAGAGGAUGUAUCAGCUUUAUAAUCACCACAACAAGAUCAUUCAGGAAAAACUCCAAGAGUUCACCCAGAAAAUGGCAAAGAUCAGCCAUUUGGAAACAGAGCUCAAACAAGUGUGCCACACUGUGGAGACCGUGUACAAAGACCUAUGCAUCCAGCCAGAGGCUACUACUUUGAAAGAAGAACAGACCCACAAAGAUGGCGCGUGCUGACAGCUUCUGGGAGAGUCGCCUCGUAGUGACAGCCACCAAGAGAUGGCUCAAAGGCCACCAUUCUGGCCACACUUAGAAAAUUGUUUUUCACAGUUCUGUAAUGCAUCUUGGCAAAAAAAAAAAAAAAGAAAAGCUCCUUGUGCCAGACCCAAAAGGCAGCAAGUCCAGCCACCACCAUGGGCCCAGCUUUGGUGCCCCCCACAUGUGGCAAAUUCACCCCAUCCCAGCCCUGCACAGUUCAUUAAAUGUUUGAUUUUCAACCCAA